CUGGGCUGCUAAGUCCUCUGAAGUAACUGACAUUUUAUUUCAGACUAUUUGUCAGAAAACUCCGAAAGAUUCACCAAAAUACGAGAACUGCAAGCAAGCUCUGAAAGAAGUGAGCAAGUUGGUGCGUUUGUGCAAUGAAGGCGCCCGGACGAUGGAGAGGACAGAAAUGAUGUACACCAUUAACUCCCAGCUGGAGUUUAAAAUCAAGCCCUUUCCGUUGGUUUCCUCCUCACGGUGGUUAGUGAAAAGGGGCGAAUUAACAGCGUAUGUGGAAGACACUGGGCUUUUUUCGAAAAGAACUUCUAAACAGCAGGUGUACUUCUUCCUCUUUAAUGAUGUCCUCAUUAUCACCAAGAAGAAGAGUGAUGAGAGUUACAAUGUCACAGAUUAUUCUUUAAGGGACCAGCUGGUGGUACAACAGUGUGACAGUGAGGACCUGACCUCUUCUCCUGUCAAGAAUGCUUCAACUAUGCUCUACUCACGGCAGAGUUCUGCAGCUCACCUCUUCCGGCUGUCGGUCCUCAGUAACCACGCAGGAGAGAAGGUGGAGAUGCUCCUGGGAACAGAGACUCAGAGUGACAGAGCGCGCUGGAUUGCAGCACUCGGACAGGACAGAGACGGGCAGCAAACCGACAGGACAACUUUGACUCAGGUAGAGAUCAUCAGAACUUACACAGCCAAGCAGUCAGACGAACUGUCUCUUCAAGUUGCUGAUGUUGUUUUGGUUUAUCAAAAAGUAAAUGAUGGUUGGUAUGAAGGGGAACGCUUGCGGGAUGGCGAAAGAGGUUGGUUUCCCAUGGAGUGUGCUAAAGAAAUCACAUGCCGUGCCACAAUUGACAAGAACAUGGAGCGGAUGGGACGCUUACUUGGCCUAGAAACCAAUGUAUAG